AAAAAAUCACACUUCAAAAAUUACUUGUGUUUAUUUGUCGGAAGGCGUAUGCGUGUUUAUUUUUUCUCGUAGUUUUUCUACUUUUUAUUAGUUACCUCUGUAUUUGACAUCAAAUUAUGUUCGAACAUGGACGCCGUCUUUGAUAUAUGUUACCUAUCGUCAGACGGUAACAAUGUUGAGCCUGAUGAUAUUCCUCAAACAAAGGAGAGUGUCUGGGUAUUGGGGAAAAAAUACAGCGCUAUUCAGGAUUUGGAUCGGAUUAGACGUGACAUAACGUCAAUCAUUUGGUGUACAUAUAGGAAAGGUUUCAUUCCUAUUGGGGAUGAGGGGUUAACGUCUGAUAAGGGAUGGGGCUGCAUGCUACGGUGCGGACAGAUGGUUCUCGGCGUAGCACUCGUCAGGGUCCACUUGUCAGCUGACUGGGUAUGGACACCUGAAACAAGAGAUCCAACAUACCUGAAGAUAGUCCAAAGAUUUGAGGAGAGGAAGCAAGCUCCAUACUCCAUCCACCAGGUGGCGUUGAUGGGUGCCUCUGAAGGAAAGGAGGUUGGGCAGUGGUUUGGACCUAACACUGUGGCACAGGUGUUGAAGAAGUUAGUUGUUUAUGACAAGUGGAGCUCCUUGGUGAUCCAUGUGGCUUUAGAUAAUACUGUUGUCAAAGAGGAUAUAUUACAGCAAUGUGUGGUGAAUAACGACAGAGGCGACUCGUCGUCGGCGCCGGACAGCGUGGUCACCGACUGGAUGCCGCUGCUGCUGAUAGUGCCGCUCAGGCUGGGCCUCAGCGAGAUUAAUCCUGUUUAUAUAGACGGAUUGAAGAUUUGCUUUCAAAGUCCUCAAUCAAUCGGUGUUAUUGGCGGAAAGCCGAACCAAGCUCUGUACCUGGUUGGCUGUGUGGAAGAUGAAGUUAUAUAUUUAGAUCCACACACUACUCAAAGAUCUGGAUUAGUUGAGACGAAAUUGACUGAUGAACAAAAAGAAAUGGACUGCUCAUAUCACUGUAAAUAUGCUUCUCGAAUACCUAUGCUAGCGAUGGACCCCUCAGUUGCUGUGUGUUUUCUCUGCCGGACCAAAACAGAUUUCGAAGAAUUAUGCUCGACUAUAGAAACUAAGCUGAUGUGUGAAUCGCAACCGUUGUUCGAGAUAUGCGAGAAGAGACCCUCGCACUGGGGUCCGAUGACCUCUGAUAUUGACCUGCAGAAUACUGCGAUAUUUACAGAAUUUGAAGAUGUUGACAGACAGUUCGAUGACUCGGAUGAUGAAUUUGAAAUUCUGUGAAGAGUUUGAACUAAUUAUAAUAUAAUUGCGUUUAUGAAAUUCUGGAUAUGAUAAUAUGAUUAUAGCAAACAGGUUUUGUACAUUGCUACGGCGAUGCCAGAAAUAUUAAUAUUUAUGUUAUAAAAAGAAAUGCCUUUGCAUAGGCUAGAUAUAUAAGAGCUGAAAUGCAAUUUAUCACACAAAUGUCUUCAUAUAGUUUAUAGUAUGUUAUAAAAUGUAGACACGGCGUAACUAGAACUUAUGUACUGAUGACUGCUUACGUAUAUAUUGUGUUCACUAUUUCAAAAUAUGUGUGUCGUCUUUGUACAAAAUAUUAUUAAAUUCCUACAUGUAAGCUCUUAUAAAUAAAUUUCAAUGUGUAUAUCAAACGUUAAAGCCCUAGUUACAAGAGCAAAUGCAAUUUUACGAUCUAAAAUAUUUCUACCGACGACGCCGCCUACAGGUAAUCUAUGGUGCAUUUAUGGCGGUAGACCCUUAAAAACUAAGGCGUGAAAAAGAUUUGUUUUGCCUUCAUCACUAAUCAAUUUUUAAAUUAUUUACUCAACUAUUAAACUGUUUAUUUGUUAUUUAUUUUCGUCCUUCUUAUGUAGUUUGUACUUAGUUCAAAUAUUUUUCUCUAUAUUACAACAUUGCAUAAGCACUCGGUUUUAAUUAAUUUACCUUGAUAAUGUUCUGUGUGAAGACGAUACAGAAGUUAUAUUUAGUCGCGAGUGUUUUUUUUCUACUGUGGCCUCUACCAUCGUUACUGAACGUAAGACUGUAGCAGUUGUGAAAGAGACAACGCACGGCGUAUCGGCAUCGCGCUUCCACAAUUAUAACACUCGCUUUGAAAGAAGAUGGUAGGAGAUGUUCUCAAGUUCAAAAACAGAACACAUUAUGUAUAUGAUAGUGCCUACGACUGGAAUAGUGUAAGCCGCUACAUUAUAAUUUGCAGUGCCUUUACAAUAUUAUUGUGCAAUUUAUGUAAAUAAACUCUUUGAAGAAAUUAUAAUACGCUGAUUGACAUUCCUGUUGAAAAUUUAUGUGAUAAUCAGUGCAUCUUAUAGGCGACUCAUUAGAGUUCAGGUAUCAUCUAGUCAUAAUUUAGAUAGACACGAUUACACGAACUUUAAAGCUUAAAUGAUAAACACAAACAAAUAUGAGAGACACUUUGAAUACCUUGUAAUACGUUCAUAUUAUGUGCAUGUGUCGUUUUAAUUAUAUUUUACAUUAAUUGCAUAAUAGCUAAGCUGAGCUGUUAGUUGUAAUACGGAGCCAACUAUAUGCCAUUAGCAGUAAAUAAGUAAACUAGACUUAGCUUAUCAUGAUAAUGUAUUUAAAUGUUUUUAAGUUUUUUUUGUAACACCAAUUAAUUGUGUUGAUACAACUUUGUGUUAUGUGUCGUAGGAUAAUGUUUUGUUACGAAAUUACAGGUUGCGUGAAGCAACGAACCUAAAUAUUUUUAUAUAAAUAAAAGUUUUAAAAGAUAAA